AUGAAAAAGUUGGAGAGAUUGAAGGUGAUUAAAAUUAAAUCAACGAGAAUGGAACACACUUCAUACAUGGACGAUUUAAAAUCACAACUGGAAACAAUUUCUGAAGCUUUAAUUCAAAGUGCAGCACAUUCAGUGCUUGGACAAUGUUCACAAGAAAUUCUUGAUUCAUCAACGGAAAAGCUCGUAAUUAUGUCAAAACUCAUUUGUUAG